AAAUGCUUCUCACAAGUUACCUAUGAUUAUUAUCUUUUAUUUUUCCAGGCUAGUCAUGUCAAAGAAGGAGGAAGUGCAGGGCUUAUUCCUAGCCAGUUCUUGGAAGAGAAGAGAAAGGCCUUUGUUAGGAGGGACUGGGACAACUCAGGGCCAUUCUGCGGAACAAUAAGCAGCAAAAAAAAGAAAAAGAUGAUGUAUCUCACUACAAGAAAUGCAGAAUUCGAUCGUCACGAAAUCCAGAUCUAUGAGGAAGUAGCCAAAAUGCCUCCUUUUCAGAGGAAAACACUGGUCUUAAUUGGGGCCCAAGGAGUGGGGCGAAGAAGUUUGAAGAACAGGUUUAUAGUACUGAAUCCUACGAGGUUUGGAACUACAGUGCCAUUUACUUCACGAAAGGCAAGGGAUGAUGAAAAGGAUGGGCAAGCAUACAGAUUCGUGUCACGAGCUGAAAUGGAGAUGGAUAUUAAAGCUGGCAGAUAUUUAGAGCAUGGGGAAUAUGAAGGCAAUCUUUAUGGGACCAAAAUUGAUUCCAUCCUUGAAGUUGUUCAGACAGGAAGGACCUGCAUCUUGGACGUGAAUCCACAGGCCCUGAAAAUAUUGAGGACUUCAGAAUUCAUGCCCUAUGUAGUGUUUAUUGCUGCUCCAGAAUUGGAGACUUUGCGUGCUAUGCACAAGGCUGUGGUAGAUGCUGGGAUUACAACCAAACUUCUCACUGACACUGAUUUGAAAAAAACAGUGGAUGAAAGUGCUCGGAUUCAGAGAGCGUACAACCACUAUUUUGACCUGACCAUUGUAAAUGACAACCUAGACAAAGCCUUUGAGAAGCUACAGACUGCUAUCGAGAGACUGAGGCUGGAACCACAGUGGGUCCCAAUUAGCUGGGUAUAUUGAGAUUUCUCAAGAGGAGCUUCAGUAACAAAUAAAAUCAACUGCAGCAAAUAUGUUAAUGUGACGUUGUGUAGAUACCAACAAUAACCUACGGCACCUGUGCAUUUUUACUCUGUGUAUAUUCAAAAGUACACUGUUCUGAAUUUUUAUAAAAAUGUUGAAGGGAAAGUGUACUUAAAUAUGUAAUUUAUUUUAAUUUUUCUAACUUUUUACAGAUAACCUUUCUAUUCAUAUCACAUGAAGGAAAUGCGUUUAAGCAUUUUUAUAUGUUUUGAUUUAGUACCUUUGCCUUUUUCAUCCAAGAAAUGUUCAGUCAUUCACUUCAGCAUUUACAUCUUGGUCUUACAUUUUCACUGUGAUUAAAAAAAAGGAUACUUGAAACAAUUUUUGUAAAACUUGUUAACGUCAGUGUUUAACUGGUCAAAAGUCUUUACCUCCUAUUAGGAAAGAAUACUAAUUCCUUUGUUUUUUUUCUUCCUUUAAAAAAUGACAAUUUUAAUGGGAGCAGAAUUUUAAAUAUUAAAAGCAGCAACCAACACACAGCUCCAUUGCUCCAGCUUCUUUCAGCUUAAUGUUGGUGCAUUCUUGAUGUUUCACAAAUUCUUUGUCUCUUCAUUUAGACAACUGUUGUGUAGGUUCCCUUAUACGU